UAAUUAAAACAGCAAGGAGAAAAGCUUGUAUCUGACGUCACUUCCUGUCCUGCGCAGAGGCUAGGCAGUUCAUCAUGGCGGCGGUGGAGAAGUCAACCAAAGAGCGACUCCUCUCCGUCCUGGAAGAUCUGGAGGUUUUAUCUCGGGAGCUGAUCGAGAUGUUGGCGCUGUCCCGGAGCCAGAAGCUUCCUCAGCCGGGGGACGACAUCCGGGUGCUGGAGCUGCUGGUGCAGAGGGACCAGGAGUUCCAGGAGCUGAUGGAGGUGGCACAGCAGCAGGGGAAGGUUCAGGAGGAGAUGCAGCUGCUGGAGAAGGAGGUGGAGAAGAGAGACAGCGACAUCCAGCAGCUGCAGAAACAGCUGAAGGAGGCCGAGCAUGUCCUGGCGACUGCGGUGUACCAGGCCAAGGAGAAGCUGAAGUCCAUCGACAAAGCCAGGAAAGGAAGCAUCUCCUCAGAGGAAAUCAUAAAGUAUGCUCACAGGAUCAGCGCCAGCAACGCCGUGUGUGCGCCGCUCAACUGGGUCCCCGGUGACCCCCGCAGACCAUACCCCACCGACCUGGAGAUGCGCAGCGGCAUGCUGGGUCACAUGGCUAACCUGCCGACCAAUGGGGUGAACGGACACCUGCCGGGAGACGCCCUCGCUGCCGGGAGGCUCCCAGACGUACUCACCCCUCACUACCCCUGGCAGUCGUCGGACGUUUCUGUGGCGAUGCUUCCCCCUCAUCACGGCAACGACUUCGGCCUGGAGCCCCCGGGUCACAACAAGGAGAACGAGGACGACGUGGAGGCCAUGUCCACCGACUCGUCCAGCAGCAGCAGCGACUCAGACUGAACAGAGGGAGAGAGAGAGAGUGUGUGGGUGUGUGUAUAAGGUCACCACUGAAAUAUUGUUUUCAUUUUACUUCACCUCACGAUUAUUUUCAUGAUCAAUUAUUUCUUUAAAUAAUUGUUUAAGGUAAAAAAUAUCAAAACAUUUCAAUCGUAGUUUCUUUAAGUCCAAGACUUUAGACCGUAAAGAAAAGCAACAAAGCUCCAGAUGUAAGAGUUUGGAAACAGCAUUUAUAGAGAGCUCUGCAUUAAAUAUUACCUCUAAAAAGGAGGAACAGUAAUUGCAGCAGAAAGGCUCUUAAGGUAGAAAUACCUGAAGUCACAGGGACUCAUUUUAAAGAGUUCACUCCUUUAUGUCAGCAGAGAUCUUAGUUUCCCUGCUAAGUUUUAUUAAAUUAGAGCCAGGAUGUAAGUGUAGACACUUUAAGGGAAGCCUUUAGUUUUCCUUUACAGUAUAAUUCAACCUUUAGUUUUUCAGCUUCACAGGAAAGAAAUAGCAGAAUUAGAAAUGAAAAUGUUCCUCUGUCCUCCUCCACUCUCUGGUUCCUACAUUACUCAGAAAAAUGGUGAUUGUGGGAAAGAAUGAAUGGAUAUCAUCACUGUUUGGAGGGUCUUAUAAUGUCUUAAUUGAAGAUGUAAUGCCAAAGAGCUUUAAAGAACAAAGCUCAUUAAAGAUUGUGGGACAACGUGAAGUCACUGACAGUUUUCCUGUAACGCACCACUGACCUGUGUUGGGAGUGUGAAUCCUUUUUGUUGAUUGCAUAUAUUUCUUAGUGUUUGUUUAUGCAAUAUAGACACAUGCUGUUCGUUCACCUGUGUAAAUAGUCCUGUACAAACUCCGGCGUGUAAAUAAAUCCUCUUUUUGAAUAAA